UCGUACAGGUAAACAGUAUAGUAGGUCAACUCAGGUCUUCCGGGCGUUUUCUGAAGUACGGGAUAAUAUGGUAAAAUCAGGCAACCGGUUUGAGUUCUGGUUAAACGUAGAAGCUUUUGAAUAUCUCCGAGAUGACCCGUGCUUACCAGUUGAUAUACAGGGUUCUGGAAUGGCUGAAUUAUUGGACAGAACCAGUAAGACUCGUAUUGAUAGAGCUUUAACUGUUGCUGGUGCUUUCACACAAAAGAUCAUUUCUUUUGCUUGGGACUCGGACUACACAUGUGUGUCAAAUAAUUACACCGAAAGUCUUGCUGCUACGAUACGUCAAAAUAUUGAGCAACCAAUAGUAUCCAACUGUUCCUUCCACUCAGCAAAUAAUCAAUCUGUUGUUAUUAUUGGAUAUAAUUUAGCUGGUUUGAUGCAAACCUUUGAGGUUGAUUAUCCCACACGAGACGGCAAGAGGGAACACUGUGAAUUAUAUGGUUACUAUUUUGAACUGGACUAUGGUAUUGAAAAUGAUCGAGUGUCAUCAUUAGAGUAUACACAACUUUAUGACGUGCCGGAUGUCUACACAAACCUUUCACCUAAAGGUUAUGUCAAAGUUCAGCCCAAAGGUUCAAAUAAUUAUUGUAUCUUUGUAUAUGAUUAUGGAACACUUUCAAAUAAUAAAACAUACAGAAAAUAAA